AUGCCUGGCUGGACAGAACGGAACCGCGAAUUCUACGCCGACAUCAUCCAGAGAAUCUACGGCGCCAGCAAUUUGUUGACCGGGGGGUCUUAUGAUUUGGAAGCCCAAUUGCAGAUGAGACAUAGCCACGAGUUCCAUGAACGCUUCGCCGCCAUUGUUGCGGCUCAUGUUCAGGAGAACAAAGCCAGACAAGAGCAGGGUGUCAUAGGUGCCGGCAUGGCGUUGGUCCAGAACGCAGAUAUACUUGCGAUCCUCAAUGCGCGCGGCACGGUUCUUCUUAAUGGAGCGUUUGCAGAGUACCGGGAGGCUUCCUAUAUCGUUCGGCUCGCAGAAUUGGCCCUGGACGUCUAUCACGGCCGCGUGAUAGACAAUGCACCUCAGUUAGUCCCCUUGAUAAGAGAUGACGUUCAGUCGCAUAUGCAGAUGGUCAUAACGAAGUGGGCAGAGUACAUACGCCAGAGGCAGCAACACUACAUCGAUGUGCUCAACCACGACAUCUCAGAGUGGCGGCGCUCCUGGAACAAAACCGCGAUGCAGAGAGAAUUAGCCCAGAACGACGAGCAACACACUAAGCUCAAGAUAGAGCUGCAAGAUGAGCGCGAGAUGUACAACAAGCAUCUCGAGACUUGGCGGCCGGAGAUGUGUAUGCUGAUGAACAGCAUCGAGAACCCAGUUGUGGAACAGUUCGCGUACCAAACAGAGUACCUGGGUAACCCGUUCCUGAGCACUUUCACCGCUGGCCGGAAUACGUCGGUGUGGGAAUUCCAUUUCCCAUGGCUUGAAAAACUUGAGAAGGAUGACAAGAGGGCGUGGUUCAAGGUUUGGUAAGGUCACAGGAGACAGUGUGCGCAGACCGGGCGUUAUACCCGCAUGGAUGCAAAAUUUGUGGAAUAAAAUCGCAUAGCACUCGGCA